AUGUACGCUACCUUCGAGGAAGCGAAAUCGGCUCCAAGUGGUUUGGCCGUGAUUGGCGUUUUCUUCCAACUGACGACUGACCAGGCUGAAUCAAGUCUUUCAGAGAUGGGCAACCUCUUCUCGAGCCUCGGAGGGCUCUCAGAUGCUGGCUCAAACUUGAACGUGACUGCGUUUAGUCCCGACGUUCUGUUGCCCCAGAACAAAGAGAAGUUCUUCCGCUAUCAGGGUUCUCUCACUAUACCGCCCUGCACUGAGAAUGUACAGUGGACAGUAAUGAGGCAACCUCUAAGGGUGACAAAUGAAGAUGUAAGUUUCAAUUCCGUCUUCUAG